UUCACUAAUAAUCAGCUCAUAAUCAUCGUAAUAGUAGUAUGUCAUAUAUUAAUCGUUUAAAAUGGCACUGGACAUGCGACAAAAUCAACGCCUCACCCAAGAGGCAAUGAGACAUUAUUUGUCCGAAUGUAAGCGUACAAAAGGAAAAGCAGAUAUGAUUGUUGUUAUUUUUCAUGCCAAGGUAGCACAGAAAUCUUAUGGAACUGAAAAAAGAUUUUUUUGUCCACCACCUUGUGUCUAUUUAAGAGGCAAUGCUUGGUCUAUGAGGCAGGAACAAAUGCGUCAAGAUGGUGAAUCGGAACAGUCAUCGCAGCUUUGUGCGUUUAUAGGUAUUAUUGGAAAUUCGGAUCAGGAUGUGCAACAGUUAGAUCUAAAUAAUGAGGAACAGUACUGUGCGGCAAAGACUUUGUUUAUAUCAGACUCUGAUAAAAGAAAGCAUUUUAUGCUUUCGAUAAAAAUGUUUCACGGCAAUGGUCAUGAUAUCGGUGUUUUUCUGAGUAAUCGAAUUAAAGUUAUAUCAAAACCAUCAAAAAAGAAACAAUCUCUUAAAAAUACAGAAUUGUGUAUAGCUAGUGGCACAACCAUAGCGCUUUUCAACCGCUUGCGUUCGCAAACUGUUAGUACGCGAUAUUUACAUGUAGAUAAUGAUCACUUUCAUGCAAGUUCUACUCAGUGGAGUACAUUUACUAUCUAUUUACUGGAUGACGAUGAAAGUGAAACUGAAGAUUUUGAACCCCAAGAUGGCUACAUUCACUAUAAUAAUACAGUGAAAUUAGUCUGUAAAGAUACUGGAAUGGCUCUACCACGAUUGAUUAUACGGAAAGUGGAUAAGUCAAUGGCAAGCUUAGAAGCUGACGAUCCUGUCUCACAAUUACACAAAUGUGCUCUCUUCCUAAAGGAUACAGACCAUAUGUAUUUAUGCUUGUCACAAGAGAAAAUUGUUCCUUUUAAUGCGACGCCUUCGCCCAAAGAGGCAAACAAGGAUAUGAUCAAUGAUGGAGCAUGCUGGACUAUCAUCAGCACAGAGAGAGCUGAAUAUACAUUUUAUGAGGGGAUGGGUCCUGUACACGCACCAGUAACUCCAGUACCAACAGUUCAAUAUCUCAAUCCUAUGGGUAGCGUAGAUGUUGCUAUGUUAGAACUAAAGGGUGAUAAUUUUGCACCGAACCUUCAGGUAUGGUUCGGUGAUAUGGAAGCCGAGACAUGGUAUAGAACAGAGCAGAGUAUGGUAUGUGUAGUGCCAGAUAUCAGUGAAUUUCAAGGAAAUUGGUCAUGGAUCGAUCGAGGGACUGAGGUCCCAGUCUCUUUGGUGCGAAACGACGGCAUCAUCUACGCUACUGGCCUCACAUUCAAUUAUAACCUCGAAUUGGGCCUAAGAAAGCGUGCUGCCCUCCAGGUUACGAAUGCAUCCACCACUGCUAUUGCAGAAGCACCCUGGAUUCGCUAUCAACAACAGACGUCAUUCGCCGUGUAAUAGUGAAUUAUAUCUUUCACCAUACUUUUGUUUAAUAUCCUUAUUUAGAUAAAGAUCAACUAGCAUUUAUAUAAUUGAAUAUAUUACUUAAUUAAGGGUAAUGUCUAAAACUGUUAGCAAUAAUGCGAGCAAUGUUGAACGUUGUUUAUAUAAAAUUUACAUUUAUAGGAAUUGUUGCUUUUGAGUAAAGACAAGUUUUUAUAUUAUUUA